AUGCUUUUCGCUUACACCCCCUUGGCUCAUCUCGACGAUUUGGCCCUAGUUACGCAAGAAGAGGUAAAAUCGGUGUGGUCGAAACUAACAGACAAGGCAAGUCACGUGAUACGAUACUUGCCGGCGGGGCGCUUAAUCCGCCGCUUGGCUUCGCCCAAAUCUAAGCCACAAACACUACGUCGAGCAGCUCAGGCUUCCCUUCCAAUCCGCUCUAACCCUACGCCUACGCGCGGUACAAUUCGACCCGUACUAACGCUUGCUACCGCCGAAUCAUAUAAUCCUCACUUUUUGGAGGGUACUCUUCCCGCUGGUUCUCAACGCGUACAUGCUGCCUGGUGGAUUCCAAAAUGGAAGUCUGGAGAAGUCUGGGUGUUUGACUCUGGUAGCUGUGUGUUCUGGGGCUUGAGUGAGGCUGAAGCACGAAUGUUUGUUGCCGAGGUGAUCAUGCGUGUGAAGGGGGUCGAAGUGGACAAGCUAAAGACACUGGAGCUUGAAGAACUGGAGUUUGUUACAGACCCUAAAGAAACGACCCGCCUUCAAGGGGACCUAAUAAUACUUGGCCAGAUACCCCCCAUAUCUGAAGUCGAAUUUCCCUCUCCUCCCUCAUCCUCAACAGCCAUAUCUCCAGAGACACUUCCAGCACGAUACGCAUUCUCUCACGCUCUCGCACGCUCUUCAGCGCUCGCGGCACUCGAGACAUCGCUCGAUAGCUAUCUCCACAGCGUGUCCCGGCUCCCAUCGACUCUCGGUACAACCGGGAAACCCGGUCUGGGCCGGAAAGAACUGCGAAUGAAAUUAGGACAGCUUAUGCGGUUCCGACAAGGUGUUAACCUGGGUCGCGAAUCCUUCGGGGAUACGCCAGACUUAUAUUGGACGGAGCCAGUGUUGGAGGGAUACUUUGAUUCUGUGAGCGAGGCACUAGAAAUUAAGGCUCGAGCGGAUUCUGUCAAUGCGAAGAUCACGUAUGCGGCUGAGUUGCAAGGGCUGCUGAGAGAGCUUUUAGCAGAGAGCUCAGGACAUCGAAUGGAGUUGAUUAUCAUUGCACUAAUUGCGGUCGAAGUUGUGAUAGCCAUAAUUCGUGAUGGCCCGGAGCUCUGGCAUAUGCUUACCGGCGUAUCAGAGGCAGACGGGCAACACAGUGAACCUACAAAAUAG